UGACAUUUCAUGUUAUUUACAUUUUGGUUCCGGUAUCGUGUACUGUUUCUUUUGGUAAAUCUUGUUUUCUUUGUUUUAUGAGAAUUUUAAUAAAAUUGUGUGAAUUUAAUAUACUCAUACGUGAGAAAACAAUCGAUUUCUUUUGGUGUACAAGAGUUCUUAAAAGAGUUAGAAAAUGCUGCGUGUUUUUCACCGUGCGAUUCGUACGGCAGCUCCAGUAGCUCGUAAUUUUAGCAGUGAGGCUGGAAACAAUAAUUUGGUAAUUACUGAGGUGAACGAUCAAACGGGAUAUGCUACCGUUACAUUAAACCGGCCACCAGUUAACAGCUUGAAUCUGGAGUUGCUGAAAGCUAUCUCGCAAACGUUGGACGAUCUGCAAAACAACAAAUCCCGUGGAAUGAUUCUUACUUCGUCAUCUAAUUCCGUGUUUAGCGCUGGAUUGGACAUCAUGGAGAUGUACAAACCUAACCAGGAACGACUGCGCGACUUUUGGUCAACACUGCAAGAUGUGUGGUUCAAACUUUACGGUUCACCCUUUCCUACCGCAGCUGCCAUUAAUGGCCAUGCACCUGCAGGUGGAUGCUUAUUGUCUCUUUGCUGCGAAUAUCGUAUCAUGUGCCCUAACUACACGAUUGGACUAAACGAAACUCAACUGGGUAUCGUAGCACCGACUUGGUUCCAAGCAUCUCUUCGUAACACUAUUUCACGUCGGGAAUCUGAACUGGCCCUGACGUUAGGGAAAAUGUACACAACGGACGAGGCACUGAAGGUUGGCAUGAUUGAUGAAAUUGCAGAAAGCAAAGAGAAGGCAUUGGAGCAGGCAACCAACUUUUUGAAUCGGUUCCGCAAGAUUUCUCCUAUGGCACGAGCGAUGACGAAACAAGGUUUGCGCAGUAAAGAUAUAGUUGAGCUGGAAGACAAUCGCACCCAGGAUAUCGAUCUGUUUGUCUAUGCCGUUAAUCAACCUGCUGUUCAGAAGGGAUUGGAAGUUUACCUCGAAAGUCUAAAGAAAAAAGCUAAAAAAUGAGUACGGAGGGACAGUAUCGUGUGUUCCAGUAUAUAUUAGUAAUAUCCGCUUAGCAUUUGUUAUGCAAUUCUUAUUUUUGUAUCAAAAGUGGAUAAAAUAUAUAUUUUUUCAAUUUGUCUUGUAAAAA